AUGGAGAUCAAGCCAGUGAAGGAGGUGCCUCCCCAGCCGCGAUCCACAGUCUUGUUACCGAGCACCCCCCGAUCUCAAAAAUCAACAGCCACCAUGCACCAAGUACAGGUGGCAUCUUCAGUUGUGACGACUUUCAAUCUGAUGAAAGCAUCGGAAGAGGGAGAGAAGAAAACGCCAGCCCAAGUGCAAUUUGCCAAGUCUCUGAAACAAGCAGGGCUGACAGCAGUCUUCACUGGACAAGUGAAAGGAGGCAAGAGGAUGCCUCUAUCCACAAAGGACACCAGUCCAGUUGAUAUUGACUCUCUAGUGCCCACCCAUGAUGAAACGGGCCAACCCAUCCCAGAGUGGAAACGACAAGUGAUGGUACGCAAGCUGCAAGCACGUUUGCAAGAUGAGGAAGACCAGAAGAUAAAGGAGAAUGGAAGCAAGCAUGCAGAGAUGGAAGGCUGGAGAUACUCCCAGGCUCACAAUGCUAUCCUUGGUCCCUUCGGUGAGCUGCUGACAGAGGAGGACCUGGUCUACUUAGAGAAGCAGAUUGAGAAUGUGUCCAUACAGAAGCGAUGUCAAGCUUACGAGAUGGAGCUGGCACAAUUAGCUGAGGAGCUAAGAGCUAUCCUUCCAGCACCCAUCAUCAAUAUCACUGUCAACACACAGUUCAGGCAGCAUAAUGUGGAUGGCCAGGUGCCUUUGCCCAUAUGGUGCAACCGUAUAUCAGAGAUUGUGAAGAGCAUGUCUCUACUCCUGAACAACCACAAAGACAAAGAGAAAGACGGAGCCAUGGAGAAGAAGAUCGGUACCGAACCGGCUCUUGUCCUCUCAGAGAAGCCAGAAAGAUCAAAUUCCUUCAGGGGACAAAAAGCAAAGGUUGAAAUGGAAAUUAAGCAGUUAGGAGUUUCUGUACGAAAUCUGAGGUCAAACUUUGAGAGUCAAAUGGGAGGUAAUUUCCCAUUAACCGGAGUCUUUUGUAAUGAAUCACGUGCGCUAAAGAAACAGGAAAAUCAGGUUAAGGAACAAAUAGACAAAAAGGCAGGUAACAUUACAAAGCAGGAAUGUCAGCUGAGGAAUGGUACUGAUAGAGCUCUGAAAGAUGGUGCUGCACCUAACAGUGACAGUGAGAAGACACGUGGAGAGGACCUCAAUGCCGUGACAGAGACCACCAGCUUGCGCAAGGAACGGAUUGUAGUUUUGUUCUUAAGCCACUGGAAAAAGUCUGCUUAUGCCAUAAGCCUGAGAAGCAGAGAAGAACUGGACUUGAAUCACUGGGAUGCAGCUGAAAGAGAAAAUUCGAAGGUCCAAGAACUGAUCCUCGAUAGACCCCAUACUAAGACAAUGGAAAAGAUUCCACUGGGCCACCUUGUCAAGCAGAGGAUCACCAUCAAUAAGAUGGUCUGCAACUGGAGGAGCUUCAUCUCAAGUAUCUCGUCAAGCCAGCUUUGCCAGCCUCGCCACCAGAGAGUCACCUACUCCCCUGAGCAGUUCCUGCCACACAUUGGUGGGGCACCCAUGGACUACAACAGCCUUACUCUUGACCUCUUCAUACUAGGGUACUUUCAUAUCCUGGAGCAGGAGCUGCCGGCGGAGGAGCGCAAGAUGAGGCACCUGCUUUGCUUCGAGGUCUUUGACCACGUGGGUCGUUUCAGCUGGGAGACAGUGCGUGAUUUCCAUCGGGCUGUCCUGCAGGACAUUGAGGCAGGCAACCGGGAAUGGAGGGAUGGGUUUGAAGACAUCAAGGUGAAGUUCUUCGGGAACACACCAACUCAGUAUGAGCUGCUGGCCAAUCCUGGGAAGCAUCAUCUCCCAGAAGAAAGAGAAGUACCCAAGGUCAUUGUCCAGACUGCCACCCCAGAUGAGAAGGACCUCAUGGGGGAGGACGCGGACAUUGCCUACUUCAACAACGAAGAGAUCUGCAAGUACAUUGACCGUAGCUUUGCCUUCUGGAAGGAAAAAGAGGCAGAACUAUUUGACUUGACUAAUAGUUGA